CAAAAAUUAAAGUCAUUAAUCCAUGUUGGAGGUGUUUGCGUGUGUCAAGUAUUAUUUAAGCCAAUAUGUUUUUUUUCAGCCAUACAUUCAGCCAUAUCAGCUUGAAACUCUCGUAUCAUCAUAUUCAGUAGAUAUAGAGUGAAGUAGAAAGCCACAAGUUUUUUUAUUUCAUUGUGAUGGGAUUCUCAUUUUUAUUGUUCAUUUCGGCAAUAUUUUCAGUUUAUUUCAUCGAGUGCAUCGGUUAAGGUCUUCAUUCCUCCAAUUAGACAUUUAUGAUGAUGAAAAUAAAAUAUUUCAUUGUUUUAUUAUUUUGGUCUCUUAAAAUGAGAGCUGCAUAUACUGAUAAUAAUUUGGAUCCACAAUUGUUAUUUGCCGCUAAAAUCGGAUACCUACAGGCAAUCAAAGAUAAAUUAGAACAUGGUGCUAAUAUAAAUGCCGUAGAUGAAGAAACGAAACGUACACCACUCCAUCAGGCCAUUAAUGGGGGCAACAUAGAGGCAAUUAAGUAUCUGAUCGAUAAUGGGGCCGACGUAUAUGCUGAAGAUAAUUUGCUUCAAUCAAUGCUUCACAUUGCUGCUCAAAAGGGUAACAUAGACGUAAUCAGAUAUCUAAUUGAUAAUGGGGCUAACGUAACCGCGGAAGAUAAAGAUUUACGCACGCCGCUUCACUAUGCUGCUUCGGGCGGUCAUGAAAAAGUUAUCUUAAAUCUAUUGGUAAAUGGUGCAAAUGUAAAUGCCGAAGACAUGGAAAAGAAAACUCCGUUGCACUACGCUAUUCAAAAAGGUCAUACUGAUGCAGUAAAUUUAUUGAUGCGGGCUGCUAUAUUGCGUGUGUCCGCAUCGAAAUUAGCUUGCACAAAAUAUUCAAGACGGCGAGUUACAGCAAGUUUUAAUGUUCGAAUUGUGUCAGGAGAUGUGGUCGAAAGAGGUGAAUUUCCUUGGAUGGCUGCACUAUACUAUGUAAAUCCAAAUAACACCACCACAAACGAUUUUAGAUGUGGAGGAACUAUCAUUUCCGAGCGUUAUAUUAUGACUGCGGGACAUUGUGUUCCAACAUCCCGAAAACCUGUUCAAGUUCGAGUUGGUAAAAUAACUCUUAAUGAUACUACUGAUGGUUUGAUGGGUAAAUAUUAUUCCAUUGAGAAAAUCAUCCGGCAUCCAGAAUAUGAUGCCGCAACGCUCAAAAAUGACAUUGCAUUAAUUCAAAUUCGAGGAAGUUUUGAGUUUAGCGAUGAUGUUGCACCAGCAUGCUUGCCCACGAACACGCAGGAUUUUAGUUAUGAUCUGAUUGUGACCGGGUGGGGUACUACUGAUCCAAUGAGAGCCAAUUCCCUUUCGAAUGUGCUUCUUAAAGCCAAUCUAAAAACAAUGGUUUCGAAAGAUUGUAACUCAACAAUGUUGGAAUGGAAUAAAAUGUCAAAUUUAACGCAGUUACUAAAUGGCAUUAACGAUGGACAAUAUUGUGCAUACGAUCCAAAAGGGAAAAGAGAUGCGUGUCGAGGAGAUAGUGGCGGACCUCUUCAAUUUAUACGGGAGAGAAAAUCAAGUACAGCGACCGUAGUUGGCAUUGUUUCAUUCGGUCAUAGCUGUGGUCUUGAAUUGCCAAGCAUCUAUACUCGUGUGGGAUAUUUCAGAAAAUGGAUCGAAUCCAUCGUUUGGCCAUAAUUAUUAAGCUAAUGAUCUAAAAUUAAACCGAUUUAUAUUUUCAAAUAUCAAAUGAAUGCCAUGAUGAAAAGAGAUAGUUAUCAACUGAUAUUAAAAAAUAAAACACGAUGAA